AUGGGCCACGGACACUCUUCCUCCAGAAAGGACUCCCGUAAGGAUUCGAGAAAGGACUCUCGUCGGGAGCCCAGGCGGGACUCAAAGAAGGACUCGAGGAAAGACCCGAAGAAGGAAUCGUCGAGGAGGGAUCACAAAAAGGACUCCAAGGGUACGUCUUCUCGACAUGAAACCUCCCAUCGCUCCGAUCGCCAUCGCCAUCAUCGCCAUUCCCACUCCCAUGCUCAUUCCCACUCUCACUCCCGCUCCCACAACACCCACCGCAACACCAUCCACAUGGGCAACACACAUGACGACUCACAGGAGUACGCUCACCAGCGGAUGGACUUUGUCCUCCAGCUGUUCCAGGACCACUCCUUCGUGCCCCAGAUCCACCCCAUGUGGGAGAGGAUGGGCGAGGACGCAAGGAACGCGGCCCUCAAGGUCCGGGACAGAGGCUCGGCCGUCACUGCGCCGGAGAGGGAUGAAUUCGUCCGCAUGCUGUACACCGCGACCCCCGAAAACCCCGAGAACAUGAACUACGGCUACAACGCCGAGGAGGACCGGCUCUAUAGCCGGGAGGCCUCGCCCGUCGUCAACGCCCUCGGCAUCAUGAACAACGAGGCCCCCAGCGAGCAAGAAGCCGUGCGCCGCCACUCGACAUUCGAGCCAUCGUCUAGUGUUUACUCUUCGGAGGCCGCAUCCGCUCCGCGAAGCCGUGGUCGAUCCCUUUCUCCUCUCAUUCCACCGGCUGCUGCGGGUCCCCCUCCUAUCCCUGCCCCUGAGCGUGCUGCUCCUGUCCCGCGGGAGGCUUCGACGGAUGGACACGACAGGCGCUCCUCACAUCAUGACAGUCGAUCGCGAUCACAUGCUGGCCCGUCGUCUGAGGGUGAGCGGCGCCAUCGCCACCACUCGCACUCAAACUCCCAUGCUCGCGAGUCUUCGCGCGAGAGGGCCAGGAGGCGUCCUCGCAAGCCGUCGUCGUCGUCUCGCAGGAAGUGA